AUGGCAUUUACAGUCUCCUGUUUCUGGCUCACGACAAGGCUUCAACUAAUAUUUGCAGCAAUCCUCAGCAUCAUCUACACAUUUAUUAUGAUGGUAGUAUUUAUGGGUACCAUUCAGACAGCUGCAAAGGAGAACAUAUUCCAUCCUAGUGUUAUUGUGAUUGUUCUUCUCUCUGGAAUUUUCAUUAUUGCUGGCAUCUGUCAUCCUAAGG